UGCCAGCCAGACUACCUUCGUACACAAUUACUCAAUCCUCCGUAAGGCUCUUUAAUAGGAAACAAGUGUGACAACGGCAAGCCUCUUUUUUUUUUUUUUUUUUUUUUUCCUCCUCUCUCUUAAACCACAGAGUCAAAUAGCUCUAAUAGAGAUGAAGCUGGAUAGAUCCGCCCAGGUGUAGGUGAAAUGGUAGAGCCUCAGGGCUAAUAGAUGCUGUGCUCUCAUGCUGAAGUUUAGCACUGUGUCCUGUUGGGCUCUCUAGCAUCAGUGCGACGGGCUGCUCCUGGUACAGUUACAAAGUGAACACGCUUCUUGCUGCUCACGUUUAUGCCUAAUCCGGAGGGCAACCUGGAGCUAGGUAAGAACAGAACAGCCCUUUGACUUCAACGCAUGGACAAAGGACAACGAAUGCAAAUAUUUAAGAAAACAAUCCAUGGGACAGUCUAACAUAACAAAGGGAAUUAUUCAUCAAGAAGAGGCCCUUUAGCAGGGUAUUUAAAGUGUCCAGGUACUUACAAUAACAAGUUGGACUGAACACAUGUACCUCAGAAAUUAAGAAUUUUUCCUAAAAGAAGGCUGAGAUCAUGCACAUCUGAGAUGUGUUAGUUGAAAUUCCACACAGUCUUCAAUUGCCAAGUUUGGAUGGAAUGAACAUAAUACUAAAAUUUCCAGAUUGUUUGAACUUCUCUGGCCGCACAAUACAGGAAGGAAGACUAAAGAAGCAAAGGGACCUACAGCGUCUGCAGCAUGGGCUGGUUAACUAGGAUUGUCUGUCUUUUCUGGGGAGUAUUACUUACAGCAAGAGCAAACUAUCAAAAUGGGAAGAAUAAUGUGCCAAGGCUGAAAUUAUCCUACAAAGAAAUGUUGGAAUCCAACAAUGUGAUCACUUUCAAUGGCUUGGCCAACAGCUCCAGUUAUCAUACCUUCCUUUUGGAUGAGGAACGGAGUAGGCUGUAUGUUGGAGCAAAGGAUCACAUAUUUUCAUUCAACCUGGUUAAUAUCAAGGAUUUUCAAAAGAUUGUGUGGCCAGUAUCUUACACCAGAAGAGAUGAAUGCAAGUGGGCUGGAAAAGACAUCCUGAAAGAAUGUGCUAAUUUCAUCAAGGUACUUAAGGCGUAUAAUCAGACUCACUUGUACGCCUGUGGAACGGGGGCUUUUCAUCCAAUUUGCACCUACAUUGAAAUUGGACAUCAUCCUGAGGACAAUAUUUUUAAGCUGGAGAACUCACAUUUUGAAAACGGCCGUGGGAAGAGUCCAUAUGACCCUAAGCUGCUGACAGCAUCUCUUUUAAUAGAUGGAGAAUUAUACUCUGGAACUGCAGCUGAUUUUAUGGGGCGAGACUUUGCUAUCUUCCGAACUCUUGGGCACCACCACCCAAUCAGGACAGAGCAGCAUGAUUCCAGGUGGCUUAAUGAUCCAAGGUUCAUUAGUGCCCACCUCAUCCCAGAGAGUGACAAUCCUGAAGAUGACAAAGUAUACUUUUUCUUCCGUGAAAAUGCAAUAGAUGGAGAACACUCUGGAAAAGCUACUCACGCUAGAAUAGGUCAGAUAUGCAAGAAUGACUUUGGAGGACACAGAAGUCUGGUGAAUAAAUGGACAACAUUCCUCAAAGCUCGUUUGAUUUGCUCAGUGCCAGGUCCAAAUGGCAUUGACACUCAUUUUGAUGAACUGCAGGAUGUAUUCCUAAUGAACUUUAAAGAUCCUAAAAACCCAAUUGUAUAUGGAGUGUUUACGACUUCCAGUAACAUUUUCAAGGGAUCAGCCGUGUGUAUGUAUAGCAUGAGUGAUGUGAGAAGGGUGUUCCUCGGUCCAUAUGCCCACAGGGAUGGACCCAACUAUCAGUGGGUGCCUUAUCAAGGAAGAGUCCCCUAUCCACGGCCGGGAACUUGUCCCAGCAAAACAUUUGGUGGUUUUGACUCUACAAAGGACCUUCCUGAUGAUGUUAUAACCUUUGCAAGAAGUCAUCCAGCCAUGUACAAUCCAGUGUUUCCUAUAAACAAUCGCCCGAUAAUGAUCAAAACGGAUGUAAAUUAUCAAUUUACACAAAUUGUAGUAGACCGAGUGGAUGCAGAAGAUGGACAGUAUGAUGUUAUGUUUAUCGGAACAGAUGUUGGGACCGUCCUUAAAGUAGUUUCAAUUCCUAAGGAGACGUGGCAUGAUUUAGAAGAGGUUUUGCUGGAAGAAAUGACAGUUUUUCGGGAACCGACUACUAUUUCAGCAAUGGAGCUUUCCACCAAGCAGCAACAACUAUAUAUUGGUUCAACAGCUGGGGUUGCCCAGCUCCCUUUACACCGGUGUGAUAUUUACGGGAAAGCCUGUGCCGAGUGUUGCCUUGCCCGAGACCCUUACUGUGCUUGGGAUGGUUCUUCAUGCUCUCGCUAUUUUCCCACUGCAAAGAGACGCACAAGACGACAAGAUAUAAGAAAUGGAGACCCACUGACUCACUGUUCCGACUUACAACACCAUGAUAAUCACCAUGGCCACAGCCCUGAAGAGCGAAUCAUCUACGGUGUAGAGAAUAGUAGCACAUUUUUGGAAUGCAGUCCGAAGUCACAGCGAGCACUGGUCUACUGGCAAUUCCAGAGGCGAAAUGAAGAGCGAAAAGAAGAGAUCAGAGUGGAUGAUCAUAUCAUCAGGACAGAUCAAGGCCUUCUGCUGCGUAGUCUACAACGGAAGGAUUCAGGCAAUUACCUCUGCCAUGCGGUGGAACAUGGGUUCAUACAAACUCUUCUUAAGGUGACCCUGGAAGUCAUUGACACAGAGCAUCUGGAAGAACUUCUUCAUAAAGAUGAUGAUGGAGAUGGCUCUAAGACCAAAGAAAUGUCCAAUAGCAUGACACCUAGCCAGAAGGUCUGGUACAGAGACUUCAUGCAGCUCAUCAACCACCCCAAUCUCAACACGAUGGAUGAGUUCUGUGAACAAGUUUGGAAAAGGGACCGAAAACAACGUCGGCAAAGGCCAGGACAUACCCAAGGCAACAGUAACAAAUGGAAGCACUUACAGGAAAAUAAGAAAGGUAGAAACAGGAGGACCCACGAAUUUGAGAGGGCACCCAGGAGUGUCUGAGCUGCAUUACCUCUAGAAACCUCAAACAAGUGAAACUUGCCUAGACAAUAACUGGAAAAAAAAUGCAAUAUACAUGAACUUUUUUCAUGGCAUUAUGUGGAUGUUUACAAUGGUGGGAAAUUCAACUGAGUUCCACCAAUUAUAAAUUAAAUCCAUGAGUAACUUUCCUAAUAGGCUUUUUUUCCUAAUACCAACACCUAACAGAGAACACAGGUGAAUGCAGUUGUUCACUUUAGCAGACUUAAUGUUUCCUAUGAGAUUUCACUGUACAGGUUUGUCUUUCUUCUUUGCCUGAGAAAUAAAAACGUCAUUUGCCAUAUUGCCAUCUAAAGGAGAAAAACUGCAUCAGCAAAGCCAUUGUAUUGAACUAAAAGUUUAAAAUGAACUGCAUGGAUUUACUAAGCUGAUGAAUAUUCCAAAAUGUGGUUGGAUUCAAGGAUAUAUUUUGUCUACCGGCCCUCAUGUUUGUAUGUACUUGAGGAGUAAAAUGAGUAAAAUGAUACUGAAUGAAACGUUCUGUGGAAAUAUUAAAAAAAAAAAAAAAGAAAACAUAAGCCAUCCAUCAUCCAGAAGAAAAAUGGAGUACACUGAUCUACUACUGAUGUCUUCUUUCAGCUUUGAUCUAAAGAUGUAUUUUAUUAAAACUAUAAUUUAAAUGUACCAUGACAAAUAUGCAGUAAAAAUUAGUUGUUUUCUAAGCUAGAGUAGGAUUUGUCUUACAAUUAUUGUGCUAUAUAGUUUUUGUUUUAAAAAUUCCAAUGGUGUGCUGCUUUCUUUGGACAUUUUAUUUUCAAUUCUGUAAGAGGGAUAGACGAUAUUGUUCUAGAAACAUAUAUACAUCAUUAAGAGUGAACCUCUAAAACCAAGAUAGAAAUUAUGCUUUAUUUCUCUGAGAAAAUCAAACAAAUGGAAGCUGUUCACACCUCCCCUUCUUUAAGCAUUAUCUAAAUCAAUUUUUACUUUCAUAAUGUUCUUAGAAAAAAAACGGAACAUUUAACCAGGAAAAAAGGAAGAAAUAAAUUGAUUUUUAAGUGCAUUUUACUAUAAUGAAUCAAUGAAGGGAAAAGGAACUGCAUAUUUCAUGAAAAUAAUAAGCAUUGUCUUAAUAUACUGUUAAUAGAAAAUGUGUCUUAAUUCUGUGCUUGAAUUCCUGCAUGAUAUUUGAGACAAAGAUCUCUCUUAUGAUUCCACUAAGAAUUUUAUCUGUGUCACUUAAUUUUUUUGAAAGAGAGAGAUCAAUAACUAUUCAGAGCAACAUGUUAAAGGCAAAGUUUCCAACCAUUUACAUCUGUAUCAGGUGCCUCUUAUCUUUCCUUAUUUAAGACAAUUAUUUGUACAAGAAACACAUGACUCUUUUCAUGUCAAUGGGAGGGACUUUUCUACAAAGUAUUUUCCAGGAUGCAACUCACAUUUAAACAAUGUAAAACUCUUUGUUUCCUGCAACAACUUACAAAAUAAGGUAAAAGACUAAAAUUCAAGAUUUGCUUCCUUCAUUGUCCUAAGACAUUUCAUUGAGAAUCACUGACUUUGAGAUAUUUAAAACUUUCAGCAUUAUACUGUGGUUUCUUUUGCACUGCACUCACCUAUUCAGGACUCCUCCCCCAGGUUCCUCAUCAUGCACAAAAAUGCAAAGAAAACAUCUUAUUAGUAAUUAAUGAAGCAACAUUGAAAUUCUAAUUCUAGCUGUGUUUGGAUUCUAAUUAACUCAGCAUCAAUUUCUCACCUCAGACUACAGUGAAUUUUUAUUUUCUAUCAGCUGAAAUAUUUCACAGAUGGAAGCUCAUGUUUCAGUUUUAAUGAUUGCCUUGAAUAAACAAGUUGUUGCCACUUGUUUCAAACAGAAGCCUAAAAAUAAUCUACAUUCAAUUUUAGGCUCCAUUGACUAAUAUGGUGUUGCUUUUGGAAGUACUGUAUAUCCUCAAAUGGAUGCCGAAUCGUUAAAUUAUUUGAAGGACACACCACUGUACAGAAAAUAGUGUUUGAAAUAUAAAUCAAAGAACAAAGAGUGCUCCAAAAAAUAGGUCAUUCUUUUAUUUUCAUAAAGUAACUGUACUAACAUUCAGUGUUGUGUUUCAUUCUAAAUUUUGCAGCUGAAAUAAAUUUAUUUGCAAUAGCAGAAAUAUCUUAUUAUUCAUCCUCAAAAAUAAAGGAUUUGAAGGGAUAGAGAUUAUAUGAUAACUUUAUAGAAGCCUUUCAAAAUCUGAAUGCAUUUUGUUUAGUGUUAUGAAAUGACAAUAGAAAAAAGUCUCGACUUCAAUUAAAAGUUACACAAAUAAACAAAUCUACAGGCAUGUCUUUAUAUACCAUCAGGUCUAAGUUUUCCAAGAAAAUUGUAGAUAUAACUUGCAGAUCAGUAACUCAUUACAGUCAUAAUCUCUACCCAUGUGUAUUGAGAGGGGGCAGUUUGCACGAAAAAGAAUUAUUAGCCCAUUUAAUAAUUCAGCUUUAAUAGACUUUGUCAUAUGCAUGAAUCAUCAGAGAUGAAACUGUUUGAGAGACUCAUGUGACCUUACGAAAAUUACAACAGCAGUCUUAAAGUAUGAAAAAGAUGCAUCACGGCAGAGAUAUUUAUGGCCCAGUUGAUAUCAAAUGUAAAAUGUAAAUGCAUGUAAAUGCACACUUCAUUUUAUGUAUUAUUUAGUAAUUUUCAAUGGUAUGUGUUUAAUAUUUUUGCUACCUACACAUCAGGCAAAAAAGAUGUAAAUAAUUUGGGAGGAAAAGAGAAAGAACAGUGUAAAAUAAAACUUUCUAUAGGUACUCCAUUUCAGUGUGUUCAACAUCCUAAAAUGCAAGAUUUUCCCACGCAGGUGACAAGGUGGUUUAUGUACUAUAUAAGGGCAGAAGGUGCGUGCCCAUUCAAUAAGCAUGUUUUUUGCCAGGUAGGAAAUAUGUUCCAUAUCUGUAUUUAUCAUUGCAUUUCAGAUGGGAACUAGAAAAACUGGAGAGAAAAAUGUAAUGAAACUGCUGCUGUAAAUUAUUCCUUUUAGCAUGUAUUCACUUGCUAAAUACACAUUUCUUCAAAAUAUUUGAAUUCAGAUGUCUUUACUGUUCCCUAUAACAUAUGGUGUUAAGGAACAUAAGCUCAUAAAAUGUUGAGAACCAGAGGCAGGUUGCUACAUAAUUAGCUAACAGAUUUCUUCAUUGUAAUCAUCUGUAAACUGGAUUCUAUGUUUAUAGUGAGGAUGUGAAUUUUUACGCCCUUUAAAUUAAAUAUUGUUCUUUUUAAUGUCAUACCUAAAAAGGAAAUGUAGGGAUAAAUUUUUAUAAUGUGUCAUUUUCAUAAUCAGUUUGGUUUUAUUCAGGAUCUACAAAGAUGUCAGAUGAUUGUUAUUGAAAUAGCUAAUCUUAAAGGUCACAGACAAGCGUUUUAUUAAUACGCAGCCAUUAGUAUAAUAUGUUAAAAUCUUUGUUUUAUUAGCUCAUUUUAAAACACAAUUUCCAUUCAAUUUAAUGAAACUCAAUCAGGUUUCAUGAUUUCAAAGACAGACUUAAAUAGGAUUCAACAUUCCCGUAUUGUGUAAUAACAUGUUAGAAUUUAACUAGUCUAACACCAAAGACAUCUAUUACUUUUAACUUGAUUUGUAAUAAUUAUUUGAAGUCAAUGUUAAUGGUUACAAAUACACGUUUCCAUAAAAAAGAAAACAGUAUUUUUCAAAAAUCUGUAAAAUCUUAUUAGUUUGUUGGAUCUCUAAAAAUUUUCUUAAACUAGUUAAUUAAGUGAACAUAAUUUUUCAAGUUAAUAAAUUAAGAAAAUAUCUAAAUGAAAGAGAGAAUGAAAUCAAUAUAUGUGGCAGCCCAUAUAGUAAGGACAGUUUCACAAUCAACGUAACCAAGGAAAACAGCUUUGUUAUCAUUUCAAACAUGCAGGCACACACAGGCAGAGGCAAAGCUGGAACCAAACCAAACAAAAAGAUGAUUUUGAAUAUAAAAAAACUGGGCCUCUAGACACUUUGCCUUUUAGAACCAGCUUCCUACAUGUCCGAGUAAAUUCCACUGAUAGAUCUUGAGUAUCUACAAUGUCCUAGGCAUUAUGUUAGGUGAUGAGGACACUAAAGUGAAUAAGACAUAACCCUUGUUCUCAAAGAGCUCACACUGAAAUUAAGGAAACAGAGAGAGAUGACUUAUCAUCAUCUAAUCCAGCAAGUCUUUCCUGAUCCUCCCAUCCCUAGUUCAAGCUAACCACCUUUUCUGUGCUAAACCUGUGCCUUGUAUAUAGCUUUUAUUGUCACACUAGCCCAGUGUGUGGUUUAUUUGUUUAUGUUUCCAUCUCCAUUUCUAGACUGUGAGCUCCUUGAGGGCAGGAUUUGUAUCUAAUUGAUCUCUGUCCCCAGUGUCUAGCAUGAUGCCUGGCACAAAGAGGGAGCUCAAUAAAUCACUGUUGAAAAGAACCAAGUUACCAUAUGACAAUUGCCAAAUACAAGCUCACAAUAAAAGUAGUAUGGAUCAAAGG